UUUAAGUUUAAUCUUGCUUAAAUCCUGCUGCCAAACAGCCCUUUUCAUCCCUUUUGGCGACUUCGCACGCUGUUCUGCCUUCAUCUUGCUAGCUCUGGUCCUCAUCCAUGGCACCACGCGACGACAAGAGACAUCAGAAAAGCAAGAGAGCGCAUGCCAAAUCUAAACUCCAGAAUCCCUUGAAGAGACCCAAAUCAGAGUUCAAAAGGUCUAAGCACGAGCAGCCCGCCUCCGUUCUCUUUCAGGACCAGGACGAUGAGCCAGAAUUCCCGAGAGGUGGGGGAAGAGUUUUGAGCCGGGAAGAGGUGGCAGAAGCUCGUGCAGAAGCUGAGGAAGAAUUUGAGAGGGAACAAGGCCUGGCAAGCAGAGGCAGGAAACAACAAAAGAAGAAGGCGACGGUGAAGAGUUAUAAAUUUGGUGAAGAUGAGUGGGGGUCUCUGUUCGGUCAAGGCAUCACUGGGAAGCUUCCAAGGUUGACAAACAGAAUCACUUGGAAGGUAUGUGGCAUCUAUGCCAUAUUUUCUAUUUGGAUAUUCAAUGACAUGUUGAAUUUUUGUAGUUGGGCUGUUCAUUUUAAUUAGAAAAUGCUUUAAGGG